AUGGGGGUUUCGUUCACGGACUUGCCAGUCGAGCUCUACUACGCCAUUGCUUCCUACUUCGACUCGGAAGACAACCAGGCAAUUUUAGCUCUCAGUCGCGCCGCCGGGCCUAACACCGGCUUUCCCACCCAUCUCCUCUUCGACCGCAUCCGCCUCAGACGCCCUGAGCAAGUUCUCCAACUCUACCUUCGCCUUCGCGAUGCACCCGCAGACGCCGCGCUUGUCCGGGAGUUUUCGUUCGAGGCCUGGAAAGUAGACGCAGAUGUAUUCGUCAACCUUCUCGCCCUGCUUCCGAACGUGAUCCGGCUGCACAUGAACGUAGGCCCGACAUUCGCUCCGGAGCACCUUGAGCAGAUGUUCGCCAAGCCGAAGCCGUUGUUGCGCUUCCUGUCCAUGCGGUUCAGGCCAUACGUGCAGAAGGCGUCAUACUAUCAGUUCCUGAAGGGCGCAUAUUUUGACUCCACGCUCGUCGUGCUGUCCGCGUGGCCUUCUCACACCUUGCGGACGCUCUCAAUCGUGCAAGACCAGCUGGACUCCGCCCUGGCCCCCACCAACUUCGCCCAACCUCUCGUCUUCUUCCGUUUGGACCCUCUGGGACAGCUGGCCGUGUCGCCCUGCUGUCGCGACGUCAGGUUCUUCCGCCUUCGUGUGCCUGCCCGCCAGGUCAGCCGUCACCUGCACGCUCUCCCGAACGCCCUCCCUUCCCUUGAAUUCCUCGAUGUGUCGACGUGCAACAUCUCGAGCCGCGACCUCGAGUCGCUGCUCGGGCACUUCCCGCACGUCCAGACCAUCAUCCUCGACGGCUGCCCAAUCGUGAGCCAGCGCACCGACGUCCAGGCCGACGCCGGCGAGCCUUUCGCGCAGUGGGCGGAGCUCGGCAAGGCCCUCGCACUCGUCGGCGUCGCGCGCGCCAACGCGCGCGAGAAGGUCCUCCGGACCUGGGUUGGGACCUACUACGCCCACCUCGACGCGCAGGAGGCGGCCCCGCGUACACCUCGAAGGGGAAGAAGCCGCAGCGGCCGCAAGGGCGUCGCGACCGCGACGGUCUCGCUCCGCAAGCCCGCCGUCGCCGUCCCCGCGAGGUGGACGGCCACGAUCCCGCCCGCGCGCGUGCCGGGGCGCGACGACCGCGUGCGCGUGCUCCCCGCGCCGCCCGCGCUGCGCUCCGUCGCGGCGAGCGUCCCGGGCGGGGUCGCGGCGGACGCGGAGGUGGCCAGGGCCAUCCGCGCCGAGUUCGCGCGCGGAUGGGCGCAGGGCCUCGCGCGCGUGUCGUCGAUCCGCCUCCAGCGGCUCACCAGCUGGCGGAACGGGAUCGCGACGAUCGUGCGCUUCGCCGCGGCGGGCUCGCCGGUGUGGGAAGAGCGGGCGGAGCAUGGAGAGCAGGGUCUCGCAGGGCUGGAGUACGUCACGGAUGAGGGCGAGUUCGUGCUCGACCUGGCUGGUCGAGGGAGCGAUGGGAGGGCCCGAUAUGAGUGUCCGCUGCUGUGUCUUGCAGGGCCACCGCGCGGUGAUGCGCAUGCGGAGGGGUGUGGACAUCAGGUUGGGUGGGGUGCGUUCGGCGACGAACUUUGA